AUGGUCAAUGAUCUUGUUAAAGAUAACCCUACUUUAAAAAUCUGGUAUUUAGAUGAAGCUGAAUGGAAUGAAAUUGAGAUUUUCAUUACACUACUUGAACCUAUGGCAAAAGCAACUCCUAUUUUAUUAUCAUCAACCCAUCCAACAAUGGGAGAUUUGCAUAUAAUAUUUCCAACUAUUUUAAGUAUUUUACACCCAAAUAUAAAAUUAUCAUUAUUUGAUAGUGAAAUAGCAAUAACUAUACAUGAACUUCUAUAUAGUGCUUAUACACAAUAUGAAGAAUUUGACAUAUCUAUUACCAAAGAUGAUAUAGACUCCCCAAGAAAUUAUUUUAGAAAAUAUCGAAAUGAAAAAUUAAAUACUACUUCCAAUGUUCUGAAAGAAUAUCUUAUAGCUAUUGAGGAAAAUUCCACCUCUGUAUCUAGCGAAGAAAUGUUUUUCAAAGCCAAAAAUACAAUUAAUCCAAUCCAUAAUCGACUAUCUGAAGAAAAUGCAUCUGCAAGUUUCUGUUUAAAGACAUG